AUGGCGACCCUGAGCAUCAAUCUAGUCAAUCAGUCUGGCUCGAACACGGCCUACGCCUAUAUUACCGGCCUGGCCAUUGACAACAACAAUGCGCUGUUCCUCCUGCAAGCCGACGGCAAGACGGCUUACUACCCAACAUCACCGUCGACCACGGUAACUGCCCUCGCGCAGGACUGCGCCAUCCCGCUCGGUGCAUCGGGAAGCACCACCGCGGUGACCAUCCCACAUCUGGCGGGAGCCCGACUGUGGUUUGUAGUCGGCGGCAAAUUGACCUUUUACGUGAACCCGGGCCCCGCGCUGGUCGAGCCAUCAUCGUCCAAUCCUUCGGACGCAAACUACAAUCUGGUUUGGGAUUUUUGCGAGUUCACCUGGAACUCGUCACAGCUCUUUGCCAACAUUACCUACGUAGACUUUGUCUCGCUGCCCAUUGCCUUGACGUUGACGACUACGUCCGGCGCGACCAAUACCGUGGAAGGCCUCCCAGCCAACGGGCUGGCUGCUAUAUGCUCCGAACUACAGGCCCAGAACGCGAAAGACGGGGCGGGCUGGGACAAACUAAUCGUCACGAACAAUGGCACCAACCUUCGCGCCGUGUCUCCAAACACCGGCAUCAUACUCAACAGUGGGCUGUUCAGUACAUACUACGCUGGCUACGUCAAUCAAGUCUGGUCCAAGUAUACCAGCACACCUUUGACAGUCAAUACUCAAGGGUCGGCAGGCAAUGUCACCGCAACAGUCUCUAACGGCACCCUCAACUUCUCAACUGGGGGCAUCUCUUACGCCCAGCCAUCCACGGCAGACAUCUUCAGCAACAGCUCUGGCGCUUUCGCCGUCUCGGGAAAUAGCACCAAGGACGCGAUCACCGCUCGUCUGGCUGCCGCAUUCAACCGGUCUACUCUCCUCAUCGACUCAGACCAGCCGAACGGCGAGAUAGUCGCGGAUUACUACCAGAACGCCAUCACAAACCAUUACGCGCGCAUCUGCCACGCGACGAACCUGGACAAUCUUGGCUACGCAUUCCCCUACGAUGACGUUGGUCCCACCGAUGGCGUAGACCAGUCAGGAAGUGUCUAUGACCCCAAUCCGAAGCUGUUGACUGUUACUCUGGGCGGGAAACAGACUUGUCUGGGGAAGACUAUGGGGAAGACCAUGGGGAAGACCAUGGGGAAGACUCUGCGCAAACUGUUCCGGAAGAAGUGA